AUGGGUGGCUACAGCAAAGCAAGCGGAAAGGGUGCAAAGGGACCGAAGGGUGGCAAGGGAAAAGGAAAGGGCAAAGUCGAUGAGUGGGAAGAGUUCCCAGUUCCCAUGAAGGGAAAAGGCAAAGGAAAGGGUGAGCCCAAGGGAAAGGGCAAAGGAAAGGGCAAGUCCUGGGCGGACUACGAGCCUCCAAUGAUGUCGAAGUCGAAGGGCAAGGGCAAGGGGAAGAGCUCCUUUGCCAGUGGCCCGUAUGGCCCUCCGCCGAUGAAGGGGAAAGGCAAGGGCAAGCCCAGCUGGGACUCCUACGACUCCUACGAUUCCUACGACUCGUACGAGCCGAAGGGGAAGGGGAAGGGCAAGGGCAAGUCCAGCUGGGACAUGUACGCCGAGAAGGGCAAGGGGAAGGGGAAGUGGGAUGAGUACGAUUACGAGCCCAAGGGAAAAGGCAAAGGAAAGGGCAAGGGAAAGGCCAUGGCUCUGAAGGGGAAGGUCAUGGAGAUGAAGGGAAAGGGAAAGGGCAAGGGAAAGGGCAAAGGAAAGGGUAAGGGAAAGUAUGACGAUGAGGAUGAUUACUUCCCCUCGGGAAAGGGCAUGAAGGGAAAAGGCAAGGGAAAGGGAAAGGGCAAGGGCAAAGGCAAGCCCAGCUACGAGGAUGAGCCGCCGAAGGGCAAGGGAAAGAAGGGCAAGGGCAAAGAUGCCAAAGGAAAGGGCAAGAAGGGAAAGGCGAUGGAGGAGCCCAAGGGAAAAGGAAAAUCCAAGGGAAAAGGAAAGGGAAAGGGCAAGGGCAAGGGAAAGGACAAGCGCUGA